CGCGAGAGAGCCUUGCGCGGGCGCCCCACCGCGACCCUCAGGCGGCACAAGGGGCGCCCUGCGCAGGGGCCCGAUCCCGCCCCGUCCCGACUCCGCAGCGCUGCUCUCCGGGUCCCCCACAAGCAAGUCCCGCGCACUUCAGCGGCGCCCCUUCUGCGCGCCGGGAUCCCCAGCUGCACGUGCGCUCGCCUUGGCCCUGGGAGCGCUUCAGGCGCGCCGAGAAGCCAAUCGGCAGCGGCUCCCGGCUCCCCAUCCCUCGCUCGGGCAAAGGGAUCCACCCUCUCGCGAGAACUGGCUAGUAAACAGAUAGAUCCCUCCUGCUCGCUCGGCCGCCGCCGCCGCCGCCGCUGCCUCCCUCCGUCCCUCCCUCCUCCAUUAGAGGCAGCGGGCGCCGGGGCUGCGGAGAGAGCGAAGGCUGGGCGCGUACAUGUUACUAUGGCAAUGACUGCAGGGACUCCAACUUCCUUUCCCAUGAGCAACCACACCCGGGAGAGAGUGACAGUGGCCAAGCUCACGCUGGAGAACUUUUAUAGUAACCUCAUUUUACAGCAUGAAGAAAGAGAAACCAGGCAGAAGAAACUAGAAGUGGCCAUGGAGGAGGAAGGUUUAGCAGAUGAAGAGAAAAAGCUACGAAGAUCUCAGCAUGCCCGCAAAGAAACCGAAUUUCUGCGGCUGAAGAGAACAAGGCUAGGCCUCGAUGACUUUGAAUCUUUGAAAGUUAUUGGAAGAGGUGCUUUUGGAGAGGUCCGCCUCGUUCAAAAGAAAGAUACGGGUCAUAUUUAUGCAAUGAAGAUACUAAGAAAAGCUGACAUGCUAGAGAAAGAGCAGGUGGCUCAUAUACGGGCAGAAAGAGAUAUACUGGUUGAAGCAGAUGGUGCCUGGGUGGUGAAGAUGUUUUAUAGUUUUCAAGACAAACGGAAUCUCUACCUGAUCAUGGAGUUUCUACCUGGAGGAGAUAUGAUGACAUUAUUAAUGAAGAAGGAUACUUUAUCGGAGGAAGAAACACAGUUUUACAUAUCUGAAACUGUGCUGGCCAUUGAUGCCAUUCACCAGCUGGGUUUUAUUCACAGAGAUAUUAAGCCAGAUAAUCUUCUCCUGGAUGCAAAGGGGCAUGUAAAACUCUCUGAUUUUGGACUCUGCACAGGUUUAAAGAAAGCUCACAGAACCGAAUUCUACAGAAAUCUUACACACAAUCCACCAAGUGACUUCUCCUUUCAGAACAUGAACUCUAAGAGAAAAGCAGAAACAUGGAAAAAGAAUAGGCGACAGCUGGCAUACUCUACUGUUGGGACCCCAGAUUAUAUUGCUCCAGAAGUUUUCAUGCAAACGGGUUACAACAAAUUAUGUGACUGGUGGUCUUUGGGAGUGAUUAUGUAUGAAAUGCUAAUAGGUUAUCCCCCUUUCUGCUCUGAAACACCUCAAGAAACAUAUAGGAAAGUUAUGAAUUGGAAAGAGACCCUAGUAUUUCCACCUGAGGUGCCCAUUUCAGAAAAAGCCAAGGACUUAAUUCUAAAAUUUUGCACUGAUGCAGAAAACAGAAUCGGUAGCAAUGGAGUAGAAGAACUUAAGAGUCACCCAUUUUUUGAAGGUGUUGAUUGGGGACAUAUCAGAGAGAGACCAGCUGCAAUCACUAUAGAAAUCAAAAGUAUUGAUGACACUUCCAAUUUUGAUGACUUCCCAGAAUCUGAUAUUUUACAGCCAGUGCCAAACACCACAGAACCUGAUUACAAGUCCAAGGACUGGGUUUUUCUUAAUUAUACUUACAAAAGGUUUGAAGGGCUCACUCAGCGUGGCUCCAUCCCUUCGUACAUGAAUGCUGGAAAGUUGUGAAACACAGCAGAAAUAAAACAAAGAACUCAGGUAGCUGCUGCAUCACCAAGACCCGCUUGGCAUAGAUCUCAAUACACUGAAAUGGUCACGACGAUGGACUGAAACUAGGAAAUUCUACCGGAUUAGGAUUUCUAAGACUACUACAAGAAUUAGUUGGCAGUGCCAGCUGGCUUCUCUCUCUCUCUCUCUUUCACUCUUUUUUUUAAUAGUGAAUAUUUUUGUUAACUUUAUUAUAAAAAAGGUACUGGAAUAAAAAAGGAAUGGACAUCUUUGUAUCUGCGCGCUUUGUGUGUGUGUGUUUGUAAAAAGGUCAAUUGAGCCUCUGUUUGUAUUGUGGCUCUGUACUGUAAUGUGUCUAAUUUGCCCAGGGGUUCAACCCAUAUCACAUUUGUACGAAGCGACAUUGCUUCUCAGUAAUGUUGCCUGUUGUGUGUUUAACCUGGGCAGGGUUUUAGAUAUGCAGUAUGAAAACCAGAAGCCACUUUUUUGUAGCUAUUCAAUAGGUUUCCUACAGAUGGCAUGUGAUGACAUAAGAUAUUGUCACGGAGCUGCUUGAAACAAAUGCGUAUACUGGUUGAAACAAGCUCUUUUGAAGGUUAUUCUCUGUACUUAAUGGCUUAUGCUCAGGGCUCCUAAAGAGAAGCUGCACUUCAGAUUGGAACUGGUAUAGAAAUGGGACCCGGGACCUAGUACAUUUAACAUAAUAAACCGCUGCGGAGAGAGCUGCAAUUCUUUUAUUUUCAGGGGAGAAAUGGUACUGUGAAAUCAAUUAAACUACAGCUUCAUAGUGGAAAACUUGUAGAGAGGAGAAAAAUCUGGGACAACGACAGGCUAAACAGCAGCUGAAUAUGCUUUCAAAAAUCAGUGUACAACCUACCUUUUGCUUCUUUCAUUUUCUUCCUCCUGCAUUUACUUCCCCUUGAUGGUUUGUUGUGCCAUUUUAUUCUGCUCUGAUUUACCAAAGAUCCUGAAAUGGCUUGAUUGCAAAUUUAUAAAGUUCUGUUUACUAGAAGUA